ACACACUCUGGAUUGCCAGACACGGUAAACAAAAGGAUGGAUGCCAACUUCUCAAUAGUAGUAAACGCGCAUCCCUUUGACCGAGCUCUCAAUAUCCAACCCAGAUAAGAUUUCGAUCGCAGAGACCCUAAAGAUGGCGGUGGCCAGGAAUGCGCCCGAGCCCCUGCUUUCAUGGCGCGUCAGACCUUUGUUUGAUCUUCUUGGACGACCAAGCGAAGAGGAGGUAUAAAAAGGAGCCGAGCUACCAGCGUUAUCGUGGAACCCAAAAGGGAAGCAGAAGUAAAACUCUUGCCUUCCCUCGUUCACCACAGAGACGGAGAGCUUGCGCCGAGAUGGCAGGUGGUGGGUUAGCGCCCUCAAAUGGCGAGGUGAAGCACUACAAUGGCCGUGUCACUUCCUUCGUGAUCGUCACUUGCAUGAUCGCGGCCACCGGUGGCCUAAUCUUCGGCUACGACAUUGGCGUCUCGGGGGGUGUGACUUCCAUGGAUGAAUUCCUUGAGAAGUUCUUCCCAUCGGUGUACCAGCAGGAGAAGACGGCCAGCGGGUCGAAGAACCAAUGGUGCCAGUUCGACAGCCAAAUGCUGACGUCCUUCACGUCGUCCCUCUACGUCGCGGGGCUCAUCUCCACCUACUUCGCGUCAAUGGUGACCCAGGCAUUUGGCAGGAAGUCAUCCAUGCUGUUCGGCGGGGCGGCCUUCCUCCUGGGCUCAGCCAUCAAUGGCGUCGCCAUGAACGUGGCCAUGCUCAUCAUCGGCCGCAUUCUGCUCGGUGUCGGCGUGGGGUUCGCCAACCAGGCCGUCCCGCUUUACUUGUCCGAGAUGGCACCGCCGCAGCUCCGAGGGGCGCUCAACAUGGGGUUCCAGAUGGCCACCACCAUCGGCAUCUUCGUCGCCGGCCUUGUGAAUUAUGGCACGGGAAAGCUCCAUGCGGGAUACGGGUGGCGCAUAUCGGUGGCCCUUGCUGCCGUGCCGGCUCUCAUCAUGACCCUUGGUGCCAUCGCCCUCCCCGACACCCCCAACUCCCUCGUCGAGCGUGGCCUGCGCGACCAGGCCAAGGCCACGCUUCAGAAGAUCCGGGGGACCGACGACGUCGAGGCGGAGCUGCAGGACAUGAUCGAGGCGAGCGAGGAGGCGAAGAAGGUGAGCGACCCCUGGAGUAGCAUCCUCCGCCCGGAACACCGCCCGCAUCUCGUCAUGGCCAUCGCCAUCCCCAUGUUCCAGCAGCUCACCGGCAUCAACGUGAUCAUGUUCUACGCGCCGGUGCUCUUUAAGACCAUCGGCUUCGGGGACAGCGCCUCGCUCAUGUCGGCCGUCAUCUCCGGCCUCGUCAACGUCUUCGCGACCACCGUGUCCAUCGCAACCGUCGACAAGUUCGGCCGCAGGGUCCUGUUCCUGGAGGGCGGGAUUCAGAUGGUGGUGAGCCAGGUGGCCGUCGGGGCCAUCCUGGGGACCUUCUUCGGGGAUGCCGGCACCGGGAAGCUCUCGCCAGGGUUGGCCAACCUGGUGCUGGCGCUCAUCUGCGUCUACGUCGCAGCGUUCGCGUGGUCGUGGGGGCCGCUCGGCUGGCUGGUACCCAGCGAGAUCUUCCCGCUCAACAUCCGGUCGGCGGGGCAGUCGAUCGUGGUCGGCGUCAACUUCUUCUUCACCUUCGUCAUCGCGCAGCUCUUCCUCAUGGCGCUCUGCCACCUCAAAUCCGGUCUGUUCCACCUGUUCGCUGCCUUCGUGGUAGUGAUGACAUUGUUCGUCGUCUUCCUGGUGCCCGAGACGAAGGGCGUGCCCAUCGAAGAGAUGACUCUGGUGUGGAAGAAGCACUGGUUUUGGAAGAAGUACAUGCUCGACGACCACAUCACGCCAUCGGUGCACCGGCGAGAAGACUGAAGAUGUCAUGCAUGAGUCUCUGUUUGCUGAUAUGAGAGAAACAAACAACACAGGUUGUGUGUAGUCCACAAAAAGUGUGGCCUCAUACGUCCUCAAUUUUCCCAGAUACAAUUAUGUAUGUUUACAAUCUAUCAGUAACAAGGUUCGUGGUGGAA